AUGGCUGGAGGCAAACCCCGUGGUCUUAACGCGGCGCGAAAGCUGCGAACGAACCGGAAGGACCAAAAAUGGGCCGACCUUCACUAUAAGAAGCGCGCCCUGGGUACUGCUUUUAAGUCCUCGCCGUUUGGUGGCUCGUCUCACGCCAAAGGAAUCGUCCUCGAGAAGGUCGGUGUCGAGGCCAAGCAGCCGAACUCCGCUAUUCGAAAGUGUGUCCGAGUUCAAUUGAUCAAGAACGGCAAAAAGGUCACAGCUUUCGUCCCCAACGACGGCUGCCUCAACUUUGUGGAUGAGAACGACGAGGUUUUGCUUGCUGGCUUUGGUCGCAAAGGCAAGGCAAAGGGUGAUAUCCCCGGUGUUCGGUUCAAGGUCGUCAAGGUCUCCGGCGUCGGCCUGCUUGCUCUGUGGAAGGAGAAGAAAGAGAAGCCUCGGUCGUAA